GCCAGUAAUACUUGACACUUAAAUUCUCUUCGGCAAAUUGGUUUAUUCUCCCAAGGUCCACUCUUUCGUUACGUGAUGAUUGAUGAGCAAUCAUAGGGUAUUCAGUCAUACUCAUAUUCUCGUCACUUGAAAAACGAUUGGAAGACUUGGGAAAUUCAAUAGAUGAAUGACUUAAGUGAUAAGGAAGACACAAAAGCAGAAAAAAAUGAACUCCCGCAAUGAUGAAGAGGUCUUGUUAUUCAAGAAUAUCCUUUUCAGUAGUCUCACCACUAACAGGAGGAGGCCAUUAACUUCAUUAAUGACAAGAGGCGUUCUUCCUCGCUCAUUAUUCAGUCGCUGUGGGAAGGGCCGAUGUCAUGAUCGAUAGUCAAGAGGUAUUUCAGCUCCUCUUGAGACUUUCUUACGUCAUGGGAGAUUGUCAGUUAUGACUUGUCAGUAUUGUUAUGCGGUCCUUAUCGCCGCCCCCGCCCCCGCCCCUCUUUUUGUUUUCAACGCCCAUCACUGCUUUCUUCUCUAUUGGUGCAUCUUUCCUAACUGAGCGUUGCUAGACUGACCACAAUGCAGUCAAGCUGAGAGAGCCAGAAGAGUUAACAUAUUUACAGAGGCCAACAACCAAAUAAGCAUCUUUCGACUGACGGAAUAUUGCAUAUCAUAGCCUCGAGUAUACAACAAAUCUAUUCUUUCAACUCCCGAUGAAGAGCAACAAAGAAUUCUAAAUGAGCAUCAUGAGGUGUCGAUCUUUUUCACUCAUGGUGAUUUUAUUGUUUGCAAUGAAAGCACUAGGAGGAUUUCCUUACAGAUGGGGAUACCAGGAAGGUUUCUUAAAAGUUCAGAAGUCCAGUCUUGCUACUAUCUGGUCUCUGCUGGUGUCGACGGCAUUGACCUCAGCGUCCAUGGCAAGUGUUGUGACAGCGCCCAAAGACCCGACGAGCAACACCUCGAUGGUGAGCACGUACAUCCUCAAUUACGUCUCGUAUAUUAUCAUGUUCCUGUUCUUUCCAUACGUCACCCUAAGAAGCUCCAGGCUAGCAGAUAUUCUUCGCAUGAUUGGCAGUGAGGAAGUUGAUAUCAAGAGGUCAUUCCUCACCUGCAAAGGCGACUACUUUCUGGUCAUCUACGUGUCGAGCACAGCUGCUGCAUUUUGCUAUAUCAAUUACGACGCGACACGAGAAAUCAUCGCCACUUUCGACGACAAAAGAUUCUUUGUCUACAAGAUUUGCGCUUCGACGUGCGACUGUCUAUGCGAAGUCGUUGUGGUCAUCAUGAGCCUACUGAUUUAUGUGCUAUUGAAGUUGCUGAGUCUCGAGUCCAUGGAAAUCGUAGAAUCUCUCUGUCAAACUUUCAGACAGUCCUUUCAGCCUCAUUCUAGAGCAGACGAAAGGAGAUUAUUUGAUUCCAGAAACCAAUGGAUUACGGUAGAAGGAGGAUUUAAGCUAUCGCAUACUUUUCAUCACUCUAAAAACAAUGGAAGAAGCCAGAGGAGAGCCAAUGGUGGACGGGAAGAACCUUUCCUUCCAACAGAAGCCUUGGUAAACGGCGGAAAGAGACGCUGCAGCGAGAUAGCUCGUCGUCUGCUGGCUUUCGACGACAUCGUUCUCAAGAUCGUAUCCUACGCGUCUCCUCUCAUCAUCAUGGUUCUCCUCAGCGGAACUGUCAAUGCAACGACAAUGCUUUACCUCACCAGCCAACAUAUGUCAACAUAUUACGUUCUCUACAGUGUUUUGAAAGCCCUCAGCAUCAUCAACAUCGCCCGGUUGCCGGAUGUUCUCAGAUAUAAGCGUGAAUACUGUCUUCUCCAGAUACGUAAAAUUCUAUCAACAACCAGGGUAACAAAAGCGGAAGAGGCAAGCUUGCUGCACCUAGAGAAACUGCUGAAAGCCAGUCCCGAAUUCCACGUCUGCCAACUGUUCACUCUAGACAGCCGCAUUCUUCUACCCGUGGGUCAUGCUGUUGUCACUUACGUUGUGAUCUGUUUCCAGUUCGGGUAUUCUGAGCACCCGCCAAAUAGUUUCAAUGUCACCGCAUGAGGGACAGAGCAGACGAUUCCUCGACCUCAACAGAAAAUCCUUCGCUAUCAGGGUACCUGGAUAAGAAGGGAAAGUAGAGAGGAAAAGGAAAAGAUAAGAUUUAACAGAGAGAGAGAGAGAAAUUUGGUGUCGAUGAUCGUGAAAAUUGAAAUCUGAUAUGGUAAUGCUAAAAAAUAAUAAUAAUAAUAAAAAAACUUUUAAUGAACUCAGUCAAUUAUCGUGUUCAUCGUUACAUGUGUUUUGUUUCCUAUGAAUAGCUGUUAACGAUUUAUGGACUUUUUCAAUGAAGGAACAAAAAUAUUCUUAAUUGGUAGUGAACUUGAAUAUGUCUUUAGGCCCAGUUUAUUUUCCUGUUAUCGAAAUAAGGUUUAAAAAGUGGUUGAUGUGGAAAUUUUCCUCGCAGGUUGCACGUGGCAGCAAAAGCCGCUUUCUUUUUUCUCCAGAACCACUGUCUAGAAUAAAGUCAAUAUAUAAAGACAUUUAUGAAUAAAGAAAUUCACUAAU